CCGCCGGCAGCUCCGCGGCCUCCAGCGCCUCCUCCUCUUCCUCCUCCUGGUUCUGCUCCUCCUGCCCCCGGCGGUGGCGCCCGCACCCCGGCUGUAUGAUCAGGCUACAGUCUUCAAUGAGUAACCAUAUUCCUCAGUUCUGUGGUGUUCUUGGUCACACAUUUAUGGAGUUUCUGAAGGGCAGUGGAGACUACUGCCAGGCACAGCACGACCUCUAUGCAGACAAGUGAACUGUAGAAAUCCAUUACUACUCCACCAAGAAGCCCCCCUAAGAGUGGUUGACCAGGAUAAGAAGUGUUGAAUUGAAAUCGGCAGAGCAUUUACCAACGGAAUUCAGACCUGGAUGGGGUAAACCUCAGUGCACUGCCUUUCUUUUGCCUCAGUAUUACUGGAUUGAAGAAUUGCUGCUUCUUGUUAGGAGGUUCAUUUCAUUUCCCAUUGCUCCCAACGUCAUACUUCCAAGCACUGAGAAUUUCACGUGGAGUAUAGUGAAGUAGACUUCAGUUUCUCUACAUCACUUCUGUAUUAGAAUUUUUUUUUAAUCCUUUCAUAAUCUUGUUGCAUGUUUAACUAAAUCAAUAUGGCCCGAAUGAAUCGCCCAGCUCCUGUGGAAAUCACCUACAAGAACAUGAGAUUCCUGAUCACACAUAAUCCAACCAAUGCAACCUUAAACAAAUUUAUAGAGG